AUGAGCGGUAUCGAGGAAGGCGCCGAUUGGUCGCACGCUGUAACUGCCAUGGCUGAGAGGAAGUACGACCGCAUGUGCAGCCGCGGCGACGAGAGGGCGGGCAAGCGCCUCGCGGCGCGGCAAGAGCAGCUGCUGGCCAUGAACGACAUGAUCGAAGAGGCCAUCCUCGAGAUCGAAACCGACCGGGCGCUCCACUCGGACUUGAAGCCCUCGGAACGCGAGGUCCUGGGCGCCUUUGUGGUCUUCUGGUGCGAGCGCACCCGGGAUGCCGUGCUGGGGCAGUAUGGCUGGUCUCGUUCCUGGUGCUGCCGCGCCUGCUGCCAGCCCCGGCGCCUCCGUCUCAAGCUGCCUAUGGAUGAGAGCGAGGGCAGCGACGGGCCCCCGGACGAGGAGGAGGUGGCCUUCCCUUUGAUCGUGGAGCCGACCCAGGACCCGAGUCUGCAGCUUUGGCAGAACAUGGACGUCAAGCCCAUGAUGCGGUCGGCGCGGAGCUUUGCCAUGGGCAUCUGCCGCUGCGUGGUGUUCUUCUUCGUUUUUGUGGUCGCCUGCUUCACAGGCACGACCCACGUCUUCUAUCCCAUCUUGCUGCCCAUGCAGGCCGUGGUGUGGGUGGUGACCAACAUCUCGGAGCCUGUGGCCAACGUGUCGGGCGCGAACUGCUGGCGGGUGUGCGAGGUGGAGCUGUUUUCAGACACGCUCUGUCAGACGCGCUUGGCCCCCUACAUGUGGGUCUCCAGCAACGGCCUGCCAGUGGGUGGGGACGCAGGCCUGCGCUUCGUGCAGGACCGGAACUUUGCAGGGGGCAGCAUGUGCAUGAACGACUGGCGGCCUUCAAACUGCUGGGAGCCCAUCAAGCUGGACUCCCUGUCGUGCGGAGUCACAGGCACCUGCCCCGCCUCCCGGCGCCUGGAGCUUGAGGCUGAAGAGAUGAGCGCUGCAUUCGAGAGGAGAGAGAGGAGUUGCCGUCCCCGACGAGCUUGGAAGACGUUUCCAGGCGCCUCAGCGGCUCCUGCCCUUGGGUGGAGCUGGGCACUUACAACACCAGCCUCAUCACCUACACCAUCCGAUACCAGGCCGUCUUCCUGUCGUCCGGCGCCAAGAAUGGAGGUGGGUGGCAGCGGCUCUCUGAAGACUUUGCUGAAGACUGCGCUCACCACGGCGAGGGGCCUAAGGGAAGAGUUGGGCGAAAGACUUGGGACAAAGACCGACCAGGCGCUGGGCGAAGCCCCGACGGUGCUGGCGGACACGUCCAGCCGGAUGCCCAGUGACGCCCCCCACUGUGCCGCCGCCCGCACCGGAGGCCCGGACCUGAGAAGGAUGCACGCCGCCAGUUUCAAGCACUUGCAGCUCCUCGCGAAGCUCAUUGGUAAUGUUUCGAGGGCGCAGUUCCCAGAGGUGCCAUCGAAGACUUGGCGCCUGGAGGGCGAUGGCGGGGACGCCAGCGACGCGGCCCCCAGGCUCAAGGAGUGGCUGGGCUUGUCCGGGUCGGGAACGGAGGCGCUGGCAUCCUGCAAGGACUUUGCGCGCAUGGGCCUGCUGGGGGUGCCCUUCUGCGCCAACGUGCCGAGGUGCAGAGACCUGCGGCUGCCCUUGUGCCGGUCCAAGCUGCGACUGCCAGGAGACCCAAGCCCCACCGAUCUGCUGCCCCUGAGCCUUCCGGGCCGGGUCUUCACCUGGGAGACGGACCUCAGCGUCUGCAGCAAGGACGGGCUGCAGCUGAAAGCCUUGACCUGCGACUUCAAAGACCCCUUCGACCCCUCACAGACGCCGCUGGCCACCGUGAAGGAGACGUUGCAGACCCAGCGCUUGCUGGGGGUUCUACCCAUCAGCAUCUUCCCCGGACCACCCUUGGGCCGCGGCUGUGACACGGCCCUUCGCUGUGAUCUGGGAAGCGUCCGCUGCUUCAACCGUCUUCAGGAAGAGGUGUGCGCGAAGCGCUGCGAUGGCUUCGAGGAGUGCCUCAACGCCACGGACGAGUUGGGCUGCCGAGCCUGCGGCUCCCUGGCGGGUGCUUCCAAUGCGAGUUGCAAGCUGCCGCCUGGCCGGUGCGCUGACAGCGACACUGCGGCCUCCGCCUGCAUGGAAUGCACUACGCCGUUGGGCAACCUGAGCAGCGAGGAAGCGGCGCGCUGCAGCGUCAUGAAGAUCCCACCAGGCGGCAGCGCUGUGCAGUGCGACGCGAAAAUCUGCUCCGUGCUGAGGGACCGCGCUUGCGACCCCACGUCUGCGGACUUUGCGCCCUGCUCCUGCCUGGAGGCCCGCCCGCAAGCGCAGCAGCGAGAGGCCUUCGGGUGUCUGCUCCGCGGGAACCUCUCGGCGGCGCUGCGUACCAACACCGGGCUGAUGGCACUGUACUACUUCGACGCGGUGAAGGCCAAGAAGGUGUCGGACGACUUCGGGACGAACACCCUCGAAUGCAUGAACAAGGACGGCAGCAGCGGUGGAUGUGCCGCCUCCAGCGAGGACAGGAUCGAGGGGCUGUCGAUGGUCUUCACAGGCGAAGACUGGCUGGAGGGCCUCGCGGAGGUGGAGGUGCCUGCCAGCCAAGCCUGGCACCUUUGGGUGAAGACGAGUUGCAGCUCUUGCGCCAUUUUGGGCUUGCUGGGAGGUGCCACGCUGAUGGUCGACGCCAACGGCUUCCUUGCCUCCAAGUCGCCCACGGGCACCUCCUGGCAGCCCGGCAAGUGCCCCAAGCUGAACGACAACGUCUUCCACUUCGUGGCCUUCUCGUUCGGCCCAGACAGCGGGGAGCAGCUCAUGGUCGACGGCACGCUCUGCGCAUCGCGGACCUACUCGGCGGCGACGGGGGACGGCUGGUCGGCCCUGUCAGCAUCCAAGGUGAAGUUCGGCGUGUCGGCGGAUGCGACAGUGGGGAAGUUCCAGGGGGAGAUGGAUGCCGCCGCCAUCUUCCAGACCGAGCUCUCGCUGCAGGAGAUGCGGCACCACAUGCUCGCGGGCUCCUGGCGGGGCGAAGGCUUGACCUUCCUGCAGCGAUUCCUGACCACAGCUUGUGAGGACAGUCGGCUGGCCAACGCCACCUUUCCGCGCUGCGGCGUGGAGUUGGACGCCCUGCUGGCACGCACGCCCCCCUGCGCCCAGGGCGACGUCUGCGGCUGCCUGGCGCAAGUGCGAGGCGAGUCGGAGCUCCAGUGCGCUUUGCAGUGCCCCGGGUCCUCGCUGAAGCGCACACUGCCGAAGAUCCUGGAGGAGCGGUGCUCGGACGCGCUGCAGCUGGGGAAGUCGUGCCAGACCAACAGCGACUGCGAUCUGCUUUUUCCGCCCAUCGGCCAAAGCUCGAAGCUGCAGUGCGAUCUUGCCACCUACAAGUGCGUCUUCGCGACCUCCUCCGUGCUGCCGCAGCAGGUGCUGCGCGGCAGCGUGUGCGUGGCCAGAGCGAGGAACUCGCCCCCGCUGAACCGGUUGCAGGCGCAGUACACUCUGGCAGCUCUGUCCAAGAGCAAUGCGAGCCUCUUCUUGACGGUGGCUGCGACGGAUGGCUGUGCUCAGUUGGACGCCAACGUGUCUGCAGACUUGGUGACGGCGCACGACGGCUCGGCCUCCUAUGUCAGAAAGGACGUGUCGUUCCAGAUCACCACCACCACCACCACCGUGAGCACCGUCACCCACACCGUGACGACGACGGAAGACGGGCCUAGCACGACAAUCUCGAGCACUGUGACCGUGACCACCGUGACCAUGACCACCGCGACAGCCACGGUGACGACGAAGACGGCCACAAGUACCGAGGGUCCUUUGGAUCCCAACGCGACCACUGUCACGACCACAACCACCACCACAACGACCACCACCACCACGACCACCACAACCACGACCACCACCACCCUCGACCCCUUGAAAAUGGAGGUGCUGCUGCCGAAUGUGGCGGUCCUGGGCGCGGGAGGGCUGCAGACCCUCACCUUCCAGGCCAACGCCACGCCCGACGCGGCGGGAUUGGAGACGCUGCUGGCGGCGGCCACCCGGAUCCAGGCGAGCCUCGGGAGCUACGUGUCGGAGGAGACCCGCCGCAGUCCUUGUCCAAAGAAGACAUGA